UUAGAUUCAGUAUUCUUAGCCCUCGGACUGGCAAGCAAUCUCUUCGUCUGUUUUAUCAUGAUUCGUUGCAAACUGACGAAGAAAAGUAUCUCCAAUUUUUACGUUUUCCAACUCUCGGUGGCAGAAGUUGUUUACAGAACGGCACUGGCUGUUUUAGAAAUCUACUUUUUAAACAGAAAUAAUCAUCAUUUAAUUUCGGAUGCCGAAUGCAAAGUGAUUAUAUUUUGGCGGCAGGCAUUCUGUGCUGCUGUUUUUAUACUUCUUGUCGGAAUCGCCACGGACCGCAAAGAACACAUCAUAAAUUCCAUAAAAGCUAUGACAAUGGAUAAACACCGAAAGACAAGGAUUGCUUUUAUUUGGCUGUUUGCGCUCAUUUUAUCAAUUCCUAUGUCACUGAGCGCUACUCUCAGCCCGAGAUUGAAGAUGCCUGGGCGACAAAAUAUCGAUGAAAAACCUUUAUUUGUUUGCCUUCUACCACGUGGCCGGCUUUCAAGCAUGAUAUCAGUUACUAUCUACUUCUUGUUCGCUUUUUUUGUUCCCUUAGCAAUCAUUUCGCGAUCGUAUUACCAAAUAUUCAUUUAUCUACGAGACAGAGCAAAAACGCGAAAAUUGAGUGCAUUUUACAUAAGAUCCAAAUACAAAGCCUUGAGUAUGCUGGUCAUAAUCACUGCGAGUUUCCUUUUAAGCUGGGGACCUCUCAUGUGUAGCACUCUUGCAACAGCUUACGAUUUUAAAGUUCGAAUAGGAGAUAUCUCAGUCAUGAAAAUUGCAAUUAGUAUUUCAUUGACUAGUUCUAUUAUUCAUCCAUUUAUUUAUUCAUUUGGAAAUGCGAAUUUUCGAUCUGAGGUUGUCCGGACUUUUCGAAGUUGCAUUUCAAAAGCGCGUUUCCAAUAA